UGAGAACUUGUCCACGGUGUGAUCCAGAUCCAUGAUGGUCUUUUUUAUCAUCAGCCGACUGCUUUUAUUGACUCUUCUGCUCCGAGGGACUGAAGGGAAUGAAGAGGAAGACGACUCUGAGCGUUUUGGUGAGUUCUGCCUGCGGAUUCCUGAUGACUCUCGCUGGACCACCCCCAAACCGGACCCCCAACCGACAAGAAAGUCAGCCCAAACAAACCAACCGACCAAGCAGACGAGCAGAAAGCCCUUAAAACCGAACAAGGAGACAACCCUGCCCCCUGAUCCAGACACUCAGGACUACCCGGAGGUUGUCACCAGUGAUAAUGGUGGUAUUCCAAUAAUGCCACUCAACAUUGUACCCAGACAUGGCUUCAGUGGAUGUCGGUGCACAACAGAGAAUAUGAAACAACCAAGUGAAACCUCCAAAGUUAUAAGGAAAACAACAUGGUUCCCCACUGAAUCCUGUAACUCCGCUGAAGACAUCGAGACGUUGGCAGAUGGCAGAGAGGUUUGCGUGAGGCCAUUCAGCCUGUUGACAUAUGUUAAGGAUUUAUUGAGCCACAGCUACUGGUCCAAACCUCAGGCAGACCUCCCUGUAGAAACUCAAAAGGACAAAACAACACAGAGUACUCAGCAAUGGAAUGGUCCAGGCCCUGAACCCCCCCCGCCAGAAAGUUCUUUUCAACUGGGAAGUGAUGUAUUGCGCUCCGACGACCAUUUGGUGCACAUCGACUACACACUUUGCACACUUUGCAUGCCUCUCCUGACAAUAUCGGACCAAAGGACUGUACAGUCCCUGGAUGUGGAGAUGCAGCCAUUUCCUUGUCUCGUCCAUAUUGAAGUCAACAUGAAAGACGGCGCGGUUAUUUGUUUGGACUUGAACAACUUUGAACAAGAGCUGCAGUAUUGGAAAAUCUCCCUGCCACUUGAAGAUGAUGCUGACAGCACACCAAAAAACGUCGCUGGAUGUCGCUGCCAAGAGGAAGCAAAGAAACCUCUCAAUGAAACUUCCCCGAUCGCAAGUGCAAGCAUUUGGCCCCCGACUGAAGAAUGUAGCUCCACUGAAUUCAUCGAGACACUGAAAGAUGGCGCAAAGGUAUGCGUGGCUGCAUCAAACAUUUCAGCGUAUCUUAAAACUCUUCCAGAGAAACGCCUCGUGGGAGCUAAAGAUCCUGUACAAGUUGACACAUCAAAACAUGUCCCUGAAUUGUCAGACAGAGCAUAUGUUGAACCUGAAUUGAUACCACCUGGUCCCCCUGGAUGGAUACCAAAUGUCCCUGAAUUGUCAGACAGAAGAGGAUCACAUGCCCCCCCUGUAUUGAUACCAAAUGUCCCUGAAUUGUCAGACAGAAGAGGAGCACAUGGUGAAGUAGGAAAGCCAUGCACAAUCUGCGGAUUCUCUAUAGAGGGGAUCGUCAUUGGCCCAAAGGAUGUACAGUCCCUGGAAAUGCUUGAGCCUUCACCUGGCUGUGCUGCCAUCAUCCAGAUACGUCUGACGGAUGGAAUGGAAUUCUGUGCCACUUUGUCCGAGCCGUGGUUCAGGGAUCUGAUGGAGAAGCUGGACAUUUAAGCUCACUAAGAAUGUUCAUCUUUGACGCUAGACGGGGCCCCAGCAGACUAAUAGUUUUCAGCCAACAUAUUCUGCUUUCAAAUGUAUUGCUAACUCAUCUAUGCAUAUGUAGCUUUACUCGUGUUUUUGGCUAAAUGGUGAAUAUACAACAUAAAAGAAAUACAAUGUUGCUUUAAUGUCAGGCAAAAAUAAAAAAAAUAAACACUUUUGAGCAACUCCAAA